UGUGCUGUCUCCGGGUGGUGUUGCACUGACGGCACCUGUCGUCUCCGCCAUCGGGGAGGUCGACUCCUCGGGCGCUGUCGUAGCGGCGUCGCCAGUCGUCCCCGCCUGAGCUGUGCUGUCUCCGGGUGGUGCUGUACUGACGGUCGACUCCUCAGGCGCUGUCGUAGUAGCGUCACCAGUCGUCCCGGCCUGAAAUGUGCUGUCUCCGGGUGGUGUUGCACUGACGGCACCUGUCGUCUCCGCGAUCGGGGAGGUCGACUCCUCGGGCGCUGUCGUAGCGGCGUCGCCAGUCGUCCCCGCCUGACCUGUGCUGUCUCCGGGCGGUGCUGUACUGACGGCAUCUGUCGUCUCCACCACGGCAAAAGUCGAAUCCUCGGGCGCUGUCGUAAAGGCGUCCACCUGAAAUGUGCUGUCUCCGGGUGGUGUUGCACUGACGGCACCUGUCGUCUCCGCCAUCGGGGUGGUCGACUCCUCGGGCGCUGUCGUAGCGGCGUCGCCAGUCGUCCCCGCCUGAGCUGUGCUGUCUCCGGGUGGUGCUGUACUGACGGCAUCUGUCGUCUCCACCACGGCAAAAGUCGAAUCCUCGGGCGCUGUCGUAAAGGCGUCCACCUGAAAUGUGCUGUCUCCGGGUGGUGUUGCACUGACGGCACCUGUCGUCUCCGCCAUCGGGGUGGUCGACUCCUCGGGCGCUGUCGUAGCGGCGUCGCCAGUCGUCCCCGCCUGAAUGACACUGAUGUGCUGAAAUUGUUGGUCGCCGAAGUGCCAGCCGAUGAAAUUGUCGUCGUGACGGAGGUGUCUGUUGCCGUUGGCACGGUCGUAUAAUAUGUUUCCGAUGUCACUGUCGUGGUAGAGGUCACGGAUGUCGUGCCAGCGGUGCUUGUCUGGGUCAUGCUCGUACUGAUCGCACUGGUCGUGGUUAUGCUAGUGUCAGAUACUGUGAUUGUGAACGUCGCGGUGCUCGUCUGAGUGAUGCGGGUCGCAGUGCUGGUUCCAGUGCUGCUGGUCGAGCUGGUACUGCUCGUCAGAGAGAUGGUGGUUGCCGUCGCACUAGUCUGGGUGGCACUCACGGUUGUCAUGGUGGCAGUAACAAUCUUCAUUUCUGGUGGUGCAAUAAUGAUCGAAGAUGCAGUCACAGUCAUGCCGUUCGACUGGAAAGUUGCUUGCAUAGACUCUGUGAAAUUAGCUGUAUCAUUGACAAUACUGACUGUCACAUCCAAGAUUUGCUGGGCAGCAUCGAUGGGGGCGACUAUCUCAACAUCGAUAUCAUACGAGCUGGAAAGUCUCCUGGAUGAGGAUGCGGACGCGUUAGCGACGACAGCUACAGACAAUUGUUCCUCAGCUAUCUCGUAGAAGUUCAAUAGAUGAGAAGUCACCGCAUUUGUCACCUCCUCUUCGGAACCAGAGCUUUCAAACCAUAUGGAAGUCAUUACGACGUAAAGCGGCGUAGUGGUGCUAGUCGCGGUGAUACUGGAACUGGUCGCAGUGGUGCUGGUUACGCUGGUGCUGCUCUGCGUGGUAGUGGUGCCACUUGUGCUGGUCGCAGUGGUGCUGGUCGCAGUGGUGCUGGUCGCAGUGGUGCUGAUUGCGCCGGUGCUGCUCUGCGCGGCAAUGGUGCCACUUGUGCUGGUCGCAGUGCCAUCUACGGGUGGUAUUGUACUAAUGGCACCUGUGGUCUCAGCCACGGGAGAGGUCGACUCCUCGGGCGCUGUCGUAGCGGCGUCGCCAGUCGUCCCAACCUGCGCUGUGCUGUCCGACAUGCUUGUUUGUGUUGCUGUCAUGCUAAAUGUAUCCGACAUCGUGGUCACGGUAUUGGUAGACGUAUCUGUCUUCGUUGAAAUAGUCGUACUAGAGGAAUCGGAUGACGAGAUCGCAAUCGUGGUUGAGGUAUCUGUUUUCGUUGACAGUGUCGUGUCAGAGGUCCUGGUUUUGGUGGAGGUGUCCGACAUGCUUGUUUGUGUUGCUGUCAUGCUAAAUGUAUCCGACAUCGUGGUCACGGUAUUGGUAGACGUAUCUGUCUUCGUUGAAAUAGUCGUACUAGAGGAAUCGGAUGACGAGAUCGCAAUCGUGGUUGAGGUAUCUGUUUUCGUUGACAGUGUCGUGUCAGAGGUCCUGGUUUUGGUGGAGGUGUCCGACAUGCUUGUUUGUGUUGCUGUCAUGCUAGAUGUAUCCGACAUCGUGGUCACGGUAUUGGUAGACGUAUCUGUCUUCGUUGAAAUAGUCGUACUGGAGGAAUCGGAUGACGAGAUCGCGGUCGUGGUUGAGGUAUCUGUUUUCGUUGACAGUGUCGUGAACAAUGUCUCGGUGGUCGUAAAAACGGUCGUGCUGGAACUCUCCGUUUGGCUGGAAGCCGUGCUCGUGGACGACUCCGUGGUUGCGGUCGUCUGCUGUUCUCCUUUGCAGACGUAGCGAACGUAUGCGCCAAACGUGUGCGUGGUCGAAGACGAAGCAGAUGUCGUAGUCGCAGUGCUGCUGGAUGUCGCGGAUGUCGUAGACACAGUUGUGGAGAACGUCCGUGUAGUCGACGAGGUGUCAGAAGUCGUGCUGAAAGUCUUACUGGAAGUCUCACUUGUCGACGAUUCGGUCGUGGAAGAGGUCCACGAUGUCGUACUCGUAAUAGUAGAUGACGUCUCCGUUACCGUCGACACUGUCGUGGUCGUAGAAAUCGUCGAGCUGGAGGUCUUGGAUGUCGUAGUCACUGUCGUCAUCGAGGUCGCUGUUGCCGAUGACAAUGUCGUGGAAGAGGUUCCAGAUGUCGUACUCGCAGUCGUAGUGGAAGUCCGAGAUGUCAUACUCUUGGUCGAUGUAGAGGUCUCCGUUAUGGAUGUCACUGUCGUGGAAGAGGUCUCUGUGGUCAAAGAGAGGGUCUUACUUGAACUCCCGGUGGUGGACGACUCUGUGGAUGUACCGGACGCUGUGGUGGUGGACGACUCGGUUGAUGUGGUCAGGCCAUCGCAAGUGUCGAGCCAAAUCUCGUAGGCAUUUUGGGCAUCCCUGUCGUAGAAAUUGAUGAUGUCACCGCCGAGGGUGAAGAUGCAGCCUCCGAGAGUUGUCCCGGGAAGCAGGCUGAUGAAGCCCUGUCCCCAAGCUGCGACGCUUACCAUUGAGUCGGCUGCAGUAAAGCAAGCCUCCUGGCGACCCGCUGUCGUAGUGUCGUUGACGACAUGAAAAUACCACAUCUGGCAAAGGUCCGGGUAUCUGACGUUGUAAGGGUCGUAUCUUUGGGUGGUUGUUGUCAUGGACGUGCUCCAUGUCGUCCGGGUCGUAGUCGUUGAUAACUGGUCGGGCCCUUUGCAGACGUAUUGCUUACUGACGUCAGCAAUGCCUGCGCUUCCGUCGCCGAAGAAGAGCACCCCGUACUGGAACACGCAUGCAAAUGGGCUGUUUACUGGCACGAACGACGUCACGCUGCUGAGCUCCGCAACUCUGCUCUUCGCAUCCCCGAAGCACUCAGUCGAGUCUCCGAUCUCUUCAUACCCCUGCGACGCGCACGUGUCGCCAAAUCCCAGCAGGACGUAAUGCGGCGUAGUCGUCGCAGUGGUGGUGGAGCUGCCCGAAGUCCUGGUCAGUGUCGUGCCGGAAGACACGGUCGUGCUCGAAGUCCCCGAUGACGUGCUGGCAGACAAGGUCGUGCUAGAAGACAUCGUUGUGAUACUGGUCUUGGACGUCGUGCUCGCAGUCGUGGUGGAGGUCUGAGAUGUCGUGCUUGCAGUCGAAGUCGGCGUUGCGGACGUGGACGAAACGGUCGUGCUUGAAGACGCCGUCAUGGUGUCGGAGGUGUCUGUUGUUGAUGACAAUGUCGUGGAAAAGGUGCCCGAAGUUCUGGAGGACGUGGUCGUGCUAGAAGUCUCGGAUGCCGUGCUCGCAGUCGUAGUAGAGGUCUCUGAUGUCGUUGACACUGUCGAACUGGAGGUUUUGGAUGUCGUAGUCAAUGUCGUCGUCGAGGUCGCAGUUGCCGAUGACAAUGUCGUUGAAGAGGUCUCAGAUGUCGUACUCGCAGUCGUAGUGGAAGUCCGAGAUGUCGUACUCUUGGUCGAUGUAGAGGUCUCCGUUAUGGAUGUCACUGUCGUGGAAGAGGUCUCUGUGGUCGAAGAGAGGGUCUUACUUGAACUCCCGGUGGUGGACGACUCUGUGGAUGUGCCGGACGCUGUGGUGGUGGACGACUCGGUUGAUGUGGUCAGGCCAUCGCAAGUGUCGAGCCAAAUCUCGUAGGCAUUUUGGGCAUCCCUGUCGUAAAAAUUGAUGAUAUCACCGCCGAGGGUGAAGAUGCAGCCUCCGAGAGUUGUCCCGGGAAGCAGGCUGAUGAAGCCCUGUCCCCAAGCUGCGACGCUUACCAUUGAGUCGGCUGCAGUAAAGCAAGCCUCCUGGCGACCCGCUGUCGUAGUGUCGUUGACGACAUGAAAAUACCACAUCUGGCAAAGGUCCGGGUAUCUGACGUUGUAAGGGUCGUAUCUUUGGGUGGUUGUUGUCAUGGACGUGCUCAAUGUCGUCCGGGUCGUAGUCGUUGAUAACUGGUCGGGCCCUUUGCAGACGUAUUGCUUACUGACGUCAGCAAUGCCUGCGCUUCCGUCGCCGAAGAAGAGCACCCCGUACUGGAACACGCAUGCAAAUGGGCUGCUUACUAGCACGAACGACGUCACGCUGCUGAGCUCCGCAACUCUGCUCUUCGCAUCCCCGAAGCACUCAGUCGAGUCUCCGAUCUCUUCAUACCCCUGCGACGCGCACGUGUCGCCAAAUCCCAGCAGGACGUAAUGCGGCGUAGUCGUCGCAGUGGUGGUGGAGCUGCCCGAAAUGGAAGUCAGUGUCGUACUCGCAGUGGUCUCGGAUGUCGUGCUCGCAGUGGUCGACGAGGUACUAGAAGUUGUGGAAACAGACGUGGAUGACACUGUCGCGCUAGACGUCUCGGAUGUCGUAAUUGCAGUCGUGGUGGAGGUCGGAGAUAUCGUAGUCGCUGUCGUAGCCGAGGUUCCCGAUGUGGAAGAGACGGUCGUGCUCGAAGACACCGUCGUGGUACUGGUCUUGGACGUCGUGCUCGUAGUCGUAGUGGAUGUCGCGGAUGACGUACUUACAGUCGAAGUCAGGGUUCUGGACGAGGACGAAACGGUCGUGCUUGAAGACGCCGUCAUGGUGUCGGAGGUGUCUGUUGUUGAUGACAAUGUCGUGGAAAAGGUGCCCGAAGUUCUGGAGGACGUGGUCGUGCUAGAAGUCUCGGAUGCCGUGCUCGCAGUCGUAGUAGAGGUCUCUGAUGUCGUUGACACUGUCGAAACGGAGGUUUGGGAUGUCGUAGUCAAUGUCGUCGUCGAGGUCGCAGUUGCCGAUGACAAUGUCGUUGAAGAGGUCUCAGAUGUCGUACUCGCAGUCGUAAUGGAAGUCCGAGAUGUCAUACUCUUGGUCGAUGUAGAGGUCUCCGUUAUGGAUGUCACUGUCGUGGAAGAGGUCUCUGUGGUCGAAGAGAGGGUCUUACUUGAACUCCCGGUGGUGGACGACUCUGUGGAUGUACCGGACGCUGUGGUGGUGGACGACUCCGUUGAUGUGGUCAGGCCAUCGCAAGUGUCGAGCCAAAUCUCGUAGGCAUUUUGGGCAUCCCUGUCGUAAAAAUUGAUGAUGUCACCGCCGAGGGUGAAGAUGCAGCCUCCGAGAGUUGUCCCGGGAAGCAGGCUGAUGAAGCCCUGUCCCCAAGCUGCGACGCUUACCAUUGAGUCGGCUGCAGUAAAGCAAGCCUCCUGGCGACCCGCUGUCGUAGUGUCGUUGACGACAUGAAAAUACCACAUCUGGCAAAGGUCCGGGUAUCUGACGUUGUAAGGGUCGUAUCUUUGGGUGGUUGUUGUCAUGGACGUGCUCAAUGUCGUCCGGGUCGUAGUCGUUGAUAACUGGUCGGGCCCUUUGCAGACGUAUUGCUUACUGACGUCAGCAAUGCCUGCGCUUCCGUCGCCGAAGAAGAGCACCCCGUACUGGAACACGCAUGCAAAUGGGCUGCUUACUAGCACGAACGACGUCACGCUGCUGAGCUCCGCAACUCUGCUCUUCGCAUCCCCGAAGCACUCAGUCGAGUCUCCGAUCUCUUCAUACCCCUGCGACGCGCACGUGUCGCCAAAUCCCAGCAGGACGUAAUGCGGCGUAGUCGUCGCAGUGGUGGUGGAGCUGCCCGAAAUGGAAGUCAGUGUCGUACUCGCAGUGGUCUCGGAUGUCGUGCUCGCAGUGGUCGACGAGGUACUAGAAGUUGUGGAAACAGACGUGGAUGACACUGUCGCGCUAGACGUCUCGGAUGUCGUAAUUGCAGUCGUAGUGGAGGUCGGAGAUAUCGUAGUCGCUGUCGUAGCCGAGGUUCCCGAUGUGGAAGAGACGGUCGUGCUCGAAGACACCGUCGUGGUACUGGUCUUGGACGUCGUGCUCGUAGUCGUAGUGGAUGUCGCGGAUGACGUACUUACAGUCGAAGUCAGGGUUCUGGACGAGGACGAAACGGUCGUGCUUGAAGACGCCGUCAUGGUGUCGGAGGUGUCUGUUGUUGAUGACAAUGUCGUGGAAAAGGUGCCCGAAGUUCUGGAGGACGUGGUCGUGCUAGAAGUCUCGGAUGCCGUGCUCGCAGUCGUAGUAGAGGUCUCUGAUGUCGUUGACACUGUCGAAACGGAGGUUUGGGAUGUCGUAGUCAAUGUCGUCGUCGAGGUCGCAGUUGCCGAUGACAAUGUCGUUGAAGAGGUCUCAGAUGUCGUACUCGCAGUCGUAAUGGAAGUCCGAGAUGUCAUACUCUUGGUCGAUGUAGAGGUCUCCGUUAUGGAUGUCACUGUCGUGGAAGAGGUCUCUGUGGUCGAAGAGAGGGUCUUACUUGAACUCCCGGUGGUGGACGACUCUGUGGAUGUACCGGACGCUGUGGUGGUGGACGACUCCGUUGAUGUGGUCAGGCCAUCGCAAGUGUCGAGCCAAAUCUCGUAGGCAUUUUGGGCAUCCCUGUCGUAAAAAUUGAUGAUGUCACCGCCGAGGGUGAAGAUGCAGCCUCCGAGAGUUGUCCCGGGAAGCAGGCUGAUGAAGCCCUGUCCCCAAGCUGCGACGCUUACCAUUGAGUCGGCUGCAGUAAAGCAAGCCUCCUGGCGACCCGCUGUCGUAGUGUCGUUGACGACAUGAAAAUACCACAUCUGGCAAAGGUCCGGGUAUCUGACGUUGUAAGGGUCGUAUCUUUGGGUGGUUGUUGUCAUGGACGUGCUCAAUGUCGUCCGGGUCGUAGUCGUUGAUAACUGGUCGGGCCCUUUGCAGACGUAUUGCUUACUGACGUCAGCAAUGCCUGCGCUUCCGUCGCCGAAGAAGAGCACCCCGUACUGGAACACGCAUGCAAAUGGGCUGCUUACUAGCACGAACGACGUCACGCUGCUGAGCUCCGCAACUCUGCUCUUCGCAUCCCCGAAGCACUCAGUCGAGUCUCCGAUCUCUUCAUACCCCUGCGACGCGCACGUGUCGCCAAAUCCCAGCAGGACGUAAUGCGGCGUAGUCGUCGCAGUGGUGGUGGAGCUGCCCGAAGUCCUGGUCAGUGUCGUGCCAGAAGACACGGUAGUGCUCGAAGUCCCCGAUGACGUGCUGGCAGACAAGGUCGUGCUAGAAGACAUCGUUGUGGUACUGGUCUUGGACGUCGUGCUCGCAGUCGUGGUGGAGGUCUGAGAUGUCGUGCUUGCAGUCGAAGUCGGCGUUGCGGACGUGGACGAGAGGGUCGUGCUAGAAGACUUCGUCAUGGUGUCGGAGGUCUCUGUUGUUGAUGACAAUGUCGUGGAAAAGGUGCCCGAAGUUCUGGAGGACGUGGUCGUGCUAGAAGUCUCGGAUGCCGUGCUCGCAGUCGUAGUAGAGGUCUCUGAUGUCGUUGACACUGUCGAAAUGGAGGUUUGGGAUGUCGUAGUCAAUGUCGUCGUCGAGGUCGCAGUUACCGAUGACAAUGUCGUUGAAGAGGUCUCAGAUGUCGUACUCGCAGUCGUAAUGGAAGUCCGAGAUGUCAUACUCUUGGUCGAUGUAGAGGUCUCCGUUAUGGAUGUCACUGUCGUGGAAGAGGUCUCUGUGGUCGAAGAGAGGGUCUUACUUGAACUCCCGGUGGUGGACGACUCUGUGGAUGUACCGGACGCUGUGGUGGUGGACGACUCCGUUGAUGUGGUCAGGCCAUCGCAAGUGUCGAGCCAAAUCUCGUAGGCAUUUUGGGCAUCCCUGUCGUAAAAAUUGAUGAUGUCACCGCCGAGGGUGAAGAUGCAGCCUCCGAGAGUUGUCCCGGGAAGCAGGCUGAUGAAGCCCUGUCCCCAAGCUGCGACGCUUACCAUUGAGUCGGCUGCAGUAAAGCAAGCCUCCUGGCGACCCGCUGUCGUAGUGUCGUUGACGACAUGAAAAUACCACAUCUGGCAAAGGUCCGGGUAUCUGACGUUGUAAGGGUCGUAUCUUUGGGUGGUUGUUGUCAUGGACGUGCUCCAUGUCGUCCGGGUCGUAGUCGUUGAUAACUGGUCGGGCCCUUUGCAGACGUAUUGCUUACUGACGUCAGCAAUGCCUGCGCUUCCGUCGCCGAAGAAGAGCACCCCGUACUGGAACACGCAUGCAAAUGGGCUGCUUACUAGCACGAACGACGUCACGCUGCUGAGCUCCGCAACUCUGCUCUUCGCAUCCCCGAAGCACUCAGUCGAGUCUCCGAUCUCUUCAUACCCCUGCGACGCGCACGUGUCACCAAAUCCCAGCAAUACGUAAUGCGGCGUAGUCGUCGCAGUGGUGGUGGAGCUGCCCGAAAUGGAAGUCAGUGUCGUACUCGCAGUGGUCUCGGAUGUCGUGCUCGCAGUGGUCGACGAGGUACCAGAAGUUGUGGAAACAGACGUGGAUGACACUGUCGCGCUAGACGUCUCGGAUGUCGUACUCCCAGUGGUCGACGAGCUUCCAGACGUUGUCGAAACAGAUGUGGAAGACACUGUCGUGCUGGAUGUCUCGGAUGUCGUACUUGCAGUCGUGGUGGAAGUCUGUGAUUGUGUAACUCCGUCGCCGAACCAAAGCUUACCGUAUCGAAACACACAAGAAAAUGGGCCACUUGUCUCCUCAGUGUCAACAUCCGCGAUCUCCUCGAUGCUAGGAGCUGCCUCGUUGAAGCACUCCGCCGGAUCUGAGAUCUCCUCGUAUCCCUCGGACGCACACGUCUCGCCAAGUGCCAACAAAACGUAAUUGGUCGGGCUUGUCGUGGUCUCGGUUGUCGUAGAUCCAGUCGUCGUGGAAGCGUCUGUUAGCUGCCGGCCCAGAGGAGGCAACUGUCGCGCCAAGGACUGUGCGUCCGCGUAUUCGCUUGUGAUUGCCUCGAGGCUUCUGGCGUCUACGCUAGCGCCCUGCUGGGGCCACGUAGCCGAUGGCGAAGAUGAAAGCACGGCGGUGCGGUCAGCAGGCCAGGCGGCCGCCGCGGCGCAGGCGAACCCCAAUAGUUCACUCCAUGGAACGGCCAGUAAUCGCGGAGAGUGCAUCGCGCUCUCUGCAACCUCUGCUGAGCUCCUGGCUG